AUGGCCGAUAAGAGCAGGCCUGAGCUGAGCGUUGACAACGAAGCGGGCUUCUGCUCCUUCUUCCGCUCCCUCCCCGCCAAAGACGCCUCCACCAUCCGUAUUUUCGAACGCGGGGAUUAUUACUCCGUACACGGCGAAGACGCCCACUAUAUCGCUCAAAAUGUCUAUCGUACAACCACCGUGAUCAAAUACCUCGGUUCAUCUGACCCAGCACGGGGGAUUCCAAGUUGUACGCUCUCAAAUGCAGCCUUUGCCGUCUUCCUACGAGAAGCGCUCACCACAAGGGGUAUGAGAGUAGAAAUCUGGGGAACGGCUGGGAGGAAUAGUUGGGCGCUGACGAAGCAGGCCUCUCCAGGAAAUUUGCAGGAUGUUGAGGAUUUGAUUUUUGGGAACACAGACUUGACCAGCAACCCUGUUAUCUUGGCCGUCAAGGUACAGGCCACUGCAACGCAGAGAAGCGUAGGUGUGGCUUUUGCGGAUGCGAGUGUUCGAGAGUUGGGUGUGAGUGAGUUUGUGGACAAUGACUUGUACUCGAACUUCGAAUCCCUUCUUAUCCAGCUCGGCGUCAAGGAGUGUAUCAUUCAGGAAGAUCCUCAGCACAAAGAUUACGACCUCGGCAAACUGCGACAGGUUGUUGACCGUUGUGGCAUCACUAUCACUGAGAAGCGUUCAGCUGACUUCAGCGCAAGAGAUAUUGAGCAGGAUCUGACGCGCUUGCUGGGCGGAGACUUGAGUGCUGGCACUCUUCCUCAAUUUGAUCUGAAGCUGGCCAUGGCAUCGGCGUCGGCACUGAUUAAAUACCUUGCCUUGAUGUCAGAUUCGACCAACUUCGGCCAGUACGAGCUUUACCAGCAUGAUCUGUCGCAGUACAUGAAGCUUGACGCGUCCGCCGUGCGUGCACUGAACCUCAUGCCUGGACCUAACGACGGUGCAAACAAGAACAUGUCACUGUUUGGUCUGCUGAACAAGUGCAGAACGGCAAUUGGUACGAGGUUGUUGGCGCAGUGGUUGAAGCAGCCCUUGAUGAACAUCCACGAGAUCGAAAAGAGGCAUUCCUUAGUCGAGAUUUUCGUGGAGGAUACGGAGUUGAGGCAGACUUUGCAGGAAGAACAGUUGAAGGCCAUCCCGGACCUUAACCGAUUGGCGAAGAGGUUUCAAAAGGGCUUGGCUGGGUUGGAGGAUGUCAUUCGUGUGUAUCAAGUGGUAAUUCGUUUACCGGGUAUCCUGGCAACUCUGGAAGCAUCAUCUGAUGAAGAGAAGAAGGCCUUGUUGCAGGACCAGUACAUCACGAAACUUGCUGAGCACGCGGAGAACUUGGGCAAGUUGCAGGAACUUGUUGAGACUACCAUCGAUUUGGAAGCUCUCGACGACCAUGAGUUCCGCAUAAAAGCAGACUUUGACGAGAACUUGCAGCACUAUCGCCAGAGACUCGAGGAACUCCGAGAAGAGAUGAACGAUGAACAUCAGCGUGUCGGACAGGAGCUGGAUCAGGAUACCGACAAGAAGCUAAAGAUGGAGCAGCACAAAGUAUAUGGCUGGUGUCUACGUCUUACGCGUAACGAAUCAGGCGCCAUUCGUGGCAAGAGGGGCUACAUCGAGCUGGCGACGCAGAAAGCCGGUGUGCACUUUACUACGAACAAGUUGCAAGAACUUAGCAGGGAAUUUGCGGACACGUCUAAUCAGUACGACCGUCAGCAGAGCAGUCUUGUAAAGGAGGUCGUGAGUAUUGUCGCGAGUUACUGCGGUGUCUUUGAGUUACUCAGUCAGUUGAUCGCUCAUCUCGAUGUUAUUGUGGCAUUUGCGCAUGUCAGUGUGCAUGCUCCUACUGGCUACGUUCGACCAAGGAUGUUGGCUCGUGGUGAAGGUGACAUGAUCCUUAAGGACUCGAGACACCCGUGUUUGGAGAUGCAGGACGAUGUUGACUUCAUCGCUAACGACGUUACCUUGAAGCGUGGUGAAUCAGAGUUCUUGAUUAUUACUGGUCCUAACAUGGGUGGUAAGAGUACGUACAUCAGGCAGAUCGGCGUUAUCGCGUUGAUGGCCCAGGCUGGAUGUUUCGUGCCUUGUUCAGAGGCCGAAAUCUGCGUCUUUGACUGUAUUCUAUCUCGUGUCGGAGCCGGUGACUCUCAACUGAAGGGUGUGUCGACCUUCAUGGCCGAGAUGCUCGAGACUGCUACGAUCUUAAAGUCCGCUACGAAGGAUUCCUUGAUUAUCAUUGAUGAGCUUGGACGUGGUACAAGUAUUCUUGAUGGAGCCGGAUUGGCUUGGGCAAUAUCCGAGCAUAUCGUGAAGGAGAUCAAGUGUUUUGCAUUAUUCGCUACACAUUUCCACGAGCUGACGGCGCUUGCGGAUAGUUGUCCGCAAGUCAAGAACCUUCAUGUUGUCGUCCAUGUCGAGGAAGGCGAGAGCAGGGAUAUCACGCUACUAUACAAGGUUGACGAAGGUGCCGUCGACGAAAGUUUCGGUAUUCAUGUUGCGAAACUCGCGAGGUUCCCAGAGAAGGUUGUCAAGAUGGCUAAGCGUAAAGCGGACGAACUUGAGGACUUUUCGGGCAAGCAUGACGAGAAGAGGAGCAAGUGCACGAAGGAGGAGGUGGCUGAGGGCAGCAAUUUGCUCAAGGAAGUGAUGACAGAGUGGAAGAGUAAGGUUGACACGGAGAACAUGUCAGCAGAAGAGAUGAUCGAAAUCUUCCAGGCCACGGUUGCAGCGAGGAAGGAGGCAUUGGAUGCCAACGCGUUUGUGAAGGAGGCAUUGACGUUGGCAUAA